AUGGUACUUCCUGGCCACGGGACCAAUGUUCCAGUGAAGCAUAGGACACUACCACUACGGGCGCAAGGCUACCUGAUACGACCCUUUCCACUCGUAGACAUCCCACUUGGUAGAUUUGGGUCACUCAUAAACGGCAUUAUUGACGGAUCCCGGCAACCACUCCCUUUUGCGAACUUCGGCGACACACCAAUCUCCAUCCCAGCGGGUACAUGCCUCGGUAUAUUCAAGGAAUGCCCAGUAGCACCAGAACCAUGCCAAGUAUUCCUCAAUCUAGCCGAAGUUUUCCAUGGCGAUCAACCCUGCGAGGAAGAGCGACGAGCGGAAGCAAAACAACCAGCCGGCUCACCGUUCCUUCUACGACCACUAGCUGACGAUCCCAACGUACAAGCUGACAUCUCCAAAUUCUGGGGACCAGAAGUCAAGAACCAAGUUCAAGACAUCCUGUCCAAAUAUAGCAACCUACCCCGUAACGAGCUCAGUUGUUUCAAUAAUGGAGUUACCAUACCCAUUCCGUUCAAAGAUGGCGUUAACCUCAACGAUCUCCGCCAGGUACCAUACCCGAUGUCCAGAAAGGAUAUGCAAGCCUUCGGCGAGAUUACAGAUCCAAUGAGAGCAAAUGGGUCGCCGAGAACCAGUCCCCCUCGGACAACCCUCACCAGUAGCCUCCCCAGUAUUCGUCGUGUGGCGUAA